AUGCGGCUUACCCUCACCUCGGCCCUUUUUUGGGUAUGCCUCGUCCUGCAAUUCUUGCCUUCCUUUUCCAGGCACCUCUCCCAUGCAGACCACCUCGUCCACAGAGCAACGACAACAGCCUCCCUUUCUCCAUACACUUCCGCCGAAAAUGCCACCACUGCCGAGAUCACCGCAGCGCGGCAAAUCGUCCGCGACGCCAUCGCCGAGAUGACGAAGCUCAAUAAGGCGCGCCUCGCCAGACCGUCCCGGAACAACUAUUGCUUGCAGCCUGGGACGAGGCUGGGGAAACGGGAUGAUACAUCCACUCGUCCUCUACUGAAUAUCACUGCUCAGAUUGCCCGUGCUGCAGCGCUGGUUGCGGAGGUCGAUGCUGAGCCGGCGUCCAACGCCACGCGGAAGGCCAAGAGGGCCGGGUCAUUUUGGAUGGAGGGGUUAGAGCGAAAGGGGACGGUACCGUGGGGGAAUGAUGGGUCUUAUAAGGUCUUCCGAAACGUAGUCAGUGACUAUGGCGCCGAUCCAACCGGCGUAACGGACUCCACGGCCGCCAUCCAAAACGCCAUCUCCGACGGUAAACGGUGCGGCGCCGCCUGCAACGGCGCCACAACUAAAAACGCCAUCGUGUACUUCCCACCAGGCCGGUACCUCGUCUCCAGCUCGAUCAGCAUCUACUUUGGAACGCAAAUCAUCGGCGACGCGAACGAUUGGCCGACAAUUGUGGGCGCGGCGAGCUUUGUCGGGCUGGGCGUGCUCUCGACGGACGUCUACGUGGAGAAUGGCGGCGACGGUCCCGAUGGGAAUGCGCUGGAGUGGUAUAUCAACACGGCGCGGUUCUAUAGCCAGAUUCGCAACCUAAGGAUUGAUGUUACGGCGACGGAUCCCGGGGCGUAUGUCGCGGCGCUGCAUUAUCAGGUUGCGCAGGCGACGACGAUUGAGAAUGUGGAGAUUAUUGCGGAUUCAGCGACGACUCAACAGGGCAUGUACGCCGAGAACGGGAGCGGGGGGGUCAUGUCCGACCUCACCUUCACAGGAGGGAACUUUGGAAUCUACGGCGGCAGCCAGCAAUUCAGCGCCGCCCGGCUCACCUUUAACGGGUGCAACACGGCCGUCGAGGUCAUCUGGGACUGGGGCUGGGUGUGGAAGAGCAUCACGGUGAACAACGCGCAGGUCGGAUUCCGGCUGUACAACGACGCCAACGGGCAGCUGCCGGGCUCGGUGACGAUUGUCGAUUCAACCUUCUCGGGCAUCGGGCAGCACGCGAUCGAGAUGGCUGUCCCCGUUGAUGUCGUUGACUCGGGGUUCACGGGCCUCGUGCUGGAUAAUGUGAAUCUCGAGGGUGGGAUUAAGGAUCAUUGGAGUGAGAAUCAAAUUCUUGCGGGGGGAUACUAUAAGAGCUAUAUCAUGGGUGCCACGUACAAAGACAACGAGCGCACAUGGACCAACGGAGACAUGGACUACAGGCGUGAAGGGACACUGCUGGGCUCCUCCAUCUCCGGACUCGAAGCUGCACCAUACUUUGAGCGCCCAAGAAACCAGUACACCGACAAGUCCGCCUCAGAUUUCGUGCACCUGAAAGACGAAGGCGCAGCCGGCGACGGGUCAACCGACGACACUGCAGCCGUGCAGAACGCACUCAACAAAUACGGCGACGGAAGCAAGAUCAUCUUUGUUGAUGCUGGGACAUACAUCCUCACCGACACGGUGACCGUCCCCAAAGACGCCAAGCUCGUCGGCGAGACUUGGUCGCAGUUCGCUGCCAGCGGCGACAAGUUCUCAGACGCGAAUAGCCCCGUCGUCAUGCUCAAGAUCGGCGACGAGGGCGACGUCGGCACCGUCGAGCUGCAGGACCUGAUCAUCACGAGCAAAGGCCCCACCCCGGGUGUCAUCCUCAUGGAGUGGAACGUCGCCGCGUCCAGCGCCGGAUCCGCAGCGCUGUGGGACGUGCAUGUGCGGCUCGGCGGCGCAACAGGGACAGAGCUCACACCUUCAGAGUGUCCCCCAACCACCAGCGGAACGAAUCCAUCCUCAUGCCAGGUCGCCAGCAUGCUGCUGCACGUAACCAAGAAGGCUUCCGGGUAUUUCGACAACAUGUGGCUCUGGGUUUCCGACCACAUGAUCGACGACCCUGCCCUAACAGACCCGCUGAACAACAUGGAGCAGCUGUCCGUGUACAGCGCGCGCGGGAUGCUGAUCGAGAGCCAGAAGGCGACGUGGCUUUAUGGAACAGCAUCCGAGCACAGCGUCUUCUACCAGUACAACUUCAAUGGCGCCCAGAACAUCUUCACGACCUUCCUGCAGACCGAGUCGCCGUACUACCAGCCAACACCGAACCCCCCAGCGCCGUUCACAGGCGCCGUCGGCGUCUUCGACAGCGACCCGGAUUACUCGUGUAACGGCGGAGACACAGAUGGCUGCGACGAAUCGUGGGCGGUUAUCAUGCGGAAUUGCCAGAAUAUCCAUGUUGCUGCCGCGGGGACGUACUCGUGGUUUAGCACGUACACACAGGACUGCAUCGACGAACACAGCUGCCAGAAGGCGUUGUGGUACCUGGACAGCAACUACGAUAACAAUCGUCUGCAGCAUAUCAUUGCGAUCGGCGCGAAGAACAUCAUUGUUUCCCCUGAUGGGCCCGCGAUCAGCGCGGAGGAUAACCUCGCUGUCUCCAGCCACCCGGCCUGGGCGCACAUCUCGCUCUACGAAGUCCCGUCCAUCGGGGCGGCGCCAGAUCCAGGCGACGAUGAUGAUGAUGGUGACUGCUCAGAGGACGACUGGAUGUACAGCGCCGAAGACGUCCCCCAGGGCGAGAUCGAGAUCUGGUCGAAUGACGGGACGGCGCUGGACCACGCCGAGGACACCGAUGGCCACCAGUACGUGACGAUCGUCAACCUCACCCCGUACACGUUCGUCCAUGUCGCCGGGCCCGAGCCGUAUCAGUUCGCUACUUGGGGCUUUGGCGACAUCCCCUCUGGCAAGGCCCGGAAGAAUGAGGCCACGUAUGACCUCGGGCUGAAUGUGGGGAGUUUCGUUGAUACGAAUGGGUAUGCGUACUAUGAGCUCGAGGGCACGGACAAGACGUUCCAGGUCCAUGUCACCACGCAUAUCCCGGACUCCUACGAGAGGCGCGUGGUCUUUGAUCUCGGCGGAAUGGGGAUGGGUUGGAGAGAGCUUGGGUUCCCUGGGGAGAGAGUCAGUGUGGCGCUGGUCAUCACCGGCAGCGAGGAGUACGGCUACGUCAACUCGCUCCAGAUCAACGAUGCGAACUGGAUGCACAAGCUGUACGAUGUCAUUUACGACCGCCAGCUGCGGCAUGUCGUCGUCCCGGGCUCGCACGACGCAGCGAUGAGCAGCAUCACCGUGGACUCUGGCUGGAACGGCCUGGGGACGGCGAGCAACACGGAGACGCAGAGCCUGGACCACUACAACCAGCUGGUCGUCGGCGUGCGCUACUUCGACAUGCGCGUCGUGAGUGUCAGCGGCGGCGACUUCUGGGCCGCGCACGUCAACGACGAGACGUCCGCCAGCCCCAUCGGGGCAACAGGCGUCUCCCUCGACGAGCUGAUCGCCGGCGUCAACCGCUUCACAACCGACUACCCCGGCGAAGUGAUCAUCUGGUACAUCCGGUACAUGACGGACCUUGACAACGGCGACCUGACCGAGGACGCGCGCUACUGGGACUCGGCCAAGGCUGAGGAGUUCUACGACAAGCUGGAGGGUGUCAACAACCCGUGCACGGGACUCUCCAGCACCCCGCAGUUCGACCAGCAGCCCAUGAGCACCUUCCUCGACGCCAACAACCGCGCCGGCUGCGUCCUCCUCCUCACAGACGGCCGCCUGCGCGACGGCAUCGCCGUCGACCGUGUCUCUUCAGGAAUCUACCACGGCCCGACCUACCUGCACCGCGACGACUAUUGGGCCGAGGAGCAAUACACGCAGCAGAACGCAGACAAGCAGCUCGCGCGGCUAAAGACGCACACGCGCGACGACGGGUCCAGCGACGACUACUUCAUCAUGCAGUGGCAGUGCACGCCGUCGGCGCUGGACGUCUCGAUCCCGCCGCCAACGCUGCAGCUCAUCGCGAACCAGGAGACGAACCCGGCGCUGUACCACUACGGGAUGAACGCGAUCUCGCCGGACUACUUCCCCACGGUGAUUUUGCACGAUGCCGUCGGCCUCUUCCAUGUGAGUGACCUCGAUGCCGAGGACUAUAACCCGAUGAUGCAGACGCUGGUCAUUGGGUUGAAUCUGUACAUGGUUAGUCAGAACUGCGCUGUUAGCAAGGGGAGGAAUCCGCUUGUGGAACACGUUGCACAUACGCGGUUGCUGCAGGUGGGAGAUUCUGGCUUUACCACUUUCAGGGGCGUCAUCUUUGCGAAUGGGACUGUCCUGGAUACGGCGCCGCCGGAGUUCUGUCGGACGUGCACGUAUAAUGAUACUUCGAGCAUCGAUCAUCCGCCCGGUGCUAAUAGUACCAGUUUGCGGGCGAAGUCGCGCAUUGAUUGGUGA